AUGUCGGGACCGCUGGCUACCGCGACUGUCACCACGACCGCUCCCACGAAUGACAAGCCUUAUGGCAUCGCCCAGAUCCGGGCUUACGUACCGAUUCAGCUUGAUCUCAAGAAGUUGAACUAUGAUGUUUGGCGUGAGCUCUUUGAGACUCACUGCAGCAGUUUUGGUGUUCUCGGACACCUUAACAGAUCCUCUGCCCCGUCCCCCGACGAUGAGAAGCAGUGGAAAGAACGAGACGAUCUCGUGAAGAUGUGGAUCUACGGCACCGUGUCAGAGCAGCUUCUCGACACCAUUCUCAAAACCAAGUCCACCGCUCGUGAUCUCUGGCUCACCCUUGAAGCCUUGUUUCGUGACAACAAAGAAGCUCAAUCAAUUCAGUAUGACAAUGAUAGACAGAUGGGUAAGUUUGGUCCUGAGGAUUCACAACAUUCGGGUUUCGAUAAGACAUAUUCAGAUUUGGCUUGA